AUGGCGCUCGCAUCUUCUGUCAGCCUGUAUUACUCCAUAGUGCAGAGAGCUGCUAGGCACUACCUGGAAGAUUAUUGUCACACAGACACGACAACACCGUACGUCCUCUACAAAGAUGGUGUGGAGCGAGCCCCACCAGGCACGCAGUGGGGCGGCGGAGUGCUGGACGGUGGCUACCAGCCCAUGCAACACCAGAGCCCCGGUGGGCCCUCACCACAGCCCGAGCCCCAGCUCGCGUCGCCAGCUCCAUCACCCUACCCACCCGCGCCGCCGCCCCCAGAUCCAUCGGCGGCCGCGGAGGACGCCGCCCAGCAGCUCGCACAGCAGCAGGCCCAGCAACAAGCGCAACAGCAACAACAGCAACAGCAGCAGCAACAACAACAAACUUCUCCAGAACAUAUGCAAGUGGAGCAACAGCUCCAAAGUCAACCACAACCCCAACCUCCCACUCAGGACCACUUAGACCGAACACCAUGCUUCGUCCCGCAGCCAGAUCUGCAGCAACAAUACACGCCGUAUUUCAAAGAAGCGAGACCAGCGAGCCACAUGCUGGGUACUGGUGGCUUCCCUUUACACUACUUGAAACAAAAUGGUGGUGUGCUAUCCUUAGAAGGUCCACUAGACCAGUACGCUGCACCUGACCUGCGCCACCUGCCUGACAUCGUGCAGCCUGAGCCACCAAAGCCACGGAAACAUAACCCCAAUUCAGAGCUGCGCUUGUUCAAGUGCUUGACGUGCGGCAAAGACUUCAAGCAGAAGUCGACGUUACUGCAGCACGAGCGGAUCCACACGGACUCGCGGCCGUACGGGUGUCCCGAGUGCGGCAAGCGGUUCCGGCAGCAGUCGCACCUGACGCAGCACCUGCGCAUCCACGCGAACGAGAAGCCGUACGCCUGUGUGUACUGCCCGCGCUCGUUCCGGCAGCGCGCCAUCCUCAACCAGCACCUGCGCAUCCAUUCCGAUGUUUCACCACAUCUCAUCUUCAAGAAUGGAACAACUCCAACGCUGUGGCCCCAAGAUGUACCAUUCCCUGCUGACGAAAACAAAGAAGAGAUCCAGUCAACUUUCGGCGACGCAGAUGGACAGAACGGUGACCAGCGCGGCUCCUGCUUCUCACCAGGCGACACGGCGCAAUAUCCAGCUUAUUUCAAAGAUACGAAAGGUCUCAAUCAUUCAGUUUUCAGCUCAGGUCUUUCUCUGCAAUAUUUGAAAGGGGGUAAGCUACCUGACGUACUUGGAGGAAGAGCAAUGCCUUUGUACGUACGAUGCCCGAUUUGCCAAAAGGAAUUCAAACAAAAGUCAACGCUGCUUCAGCACGGGUGCAUUCACAUAGAAUCACGCCCUUAUCCGUGCCCAGAGUGUGGCAAGCGUUUCCGACAACAAUCGCAUCUAACGCAGCACUUGCGCAUCCAUACCAAUGAGAAACCAUACGGCUGUGUAUACUGCCCGCGCUUUUUCCGUCAGCGAACCAUCCUCAACCAGCAUCUGCGUAUCCACACGGGCGAGAAGCCAUACAAGUGCACGCAGUGUGGUAAAGAUUUCAGACAAAAGGCCAUCCUGGACCAGCACACGCGGACGCACCAGGGUGACCGACCAUUUUGCUGCCCAAUGCCUAACUGCAGACGGCGGUUUGCCACAGAGCCAGAAGUAAAGAAGCACAUCGACAACCACAUGAAUCCGCACGCAGCUAAAGCGCGGCGCGCUGAUGCUGCUAAGACCCCGCGGCCCCUGCCGCCUGCUGCCGCUGUGGUGAAGCCCGAGCUGUACUUCCCGCAGUGCUAUGCGCCACCGUUCCAACAGUUCCCCGGGUCGGGAGCUGAGUUCAAGCCCGCGGUGGGGCCUGGCGCGCCAGUGGCGUGUCUGCCGGCGCAGUGA